AUGCUCGCCCUGCACGCGCACACCCGGCUGCUCAUCCAGCUACAUGCUACCCUCUACUGGACGCCCGAGAGCGGGCUCCUGCGAGGCCAGAAACUCGCACCCGUCGUGUUCGCCGCAGACGUGGCCGCCGUCGCCACCAACGAGGACGACAAUGACUAUGACUUCGACUACGAGUGCGCGUACGGGUACGGCAGUGCGACCGGCAGCGCCGUGGACGUCUUCCUCCGCUCCGUCGACGCCAGCUGCCUGGACCGGGUCCGAGCCAUGACGCGGGCCACGGCGUUUCGGUUCGACGAGCCGGUCCACUACGAGGCCGAGCGGGCGUUUGUGUGGGCGGGCGUGGGCGGCGGAGACGGCGGCGGCGGCGGCGGCGGCGGAUCGAUUCCCAUCCGCGGGCUGAGCGCGGCCGAACUGGGGCGCCAGGUUGACAUGGUCCGCAGGAGGGGGUAUCGGGACUGGGUCAAAGUCGAGAUGGCGGUGGAGAUUUCCGCGGGGGAGGAGCUGCGUCGAAAGGGCAGCGAGGCCGGCUGGGCAGUCGGCGGCCUCUGGGACAAGUGGGAGGGGACUGGGAGGGUUGAGUGA